AUGCCUGGAGUGCCGUCCAACAAGGCAUGUGGACGCUGCAAAAAGAGACACCUCAAGUGUGAUGAAACACGACCGCACUGCCAACGCUGUACCGAUGCCGGAGUGGAAUGUCCCGGCUUUGUGCAGACGCGCAAGUUCAUUGAUCAGGGCGCGUCGGUAAGAAAGCGGUAUGCUCCUUAUCAGGAGAAUGGGCCCAAGCCUACAACUGCGAAGGCCAAACGUCAGCAUCUUGAAGUACAAAAUGGAGAUGGCAGUAGUCUUCAAAGCCAAGGCCAAUCUACUUCCCAAAUGCCUCCAUUGGACGAUGUCGAUCAUCGCCCGGCAAUCCCUUCGGCAUUGGACAGUGCUCCUAUUCUUCCACCAAUUCAGGCGCAUGCUUCAAACGUCGUUUGCAGCGGAAUGAUGUACAGUGCUGCGCCUGAUUCUUCAUGGCCGGGUUCAGAUGCCCGCAUUGGUCCCCCAGCGACUGUAGGUGACGCCAGCGCUGGCGCUGGCACCUUCACCGAGCACCCGAGUCAGCCUUCACCUAACACCAGACCCUCUUUAUCUCGGACUCCUUCCCAGCGCGGCGAGCAGGAGGAGUUUCAGGAUAUAUUCUCUGAGCUCAUGACCGGGACAGAACACGAGAUAUCCUUUCUAACGCGGCACUACUGCGAAGUCAUCUCUAGCUGGUUCGAUGUUUCAGAUUCCAGGAAAUUCUUCGGUGGCUACGUGCCAAUCCGAGCGAUAGACGAACAGUCACUGCGGUAUGCAAUCGCAGCUAUCUCAGCCAAGCAUCUUGCCAGGAUGAAAGGCGUCAAAUCGGUAUUCACCGGUGGUCUGUUCACAUCGCCUGCAACCAUGGAGACUUACCCCAGCGCUCAUCAAGUCGAUUGGUCGUUGAAAGCUGCCAACUACUAUUAUCUCGCAGUCUCGCACAUGAACAAGUCAAUGUCGGACUACGCCGCUGUGUCUACGUCUGACGUUCUGGAACCACCAAUAUCCGUGGUGAACCGCUGGCUCAACCUCCAGCUGAAACGCGGAGAGGAAGGCCCACGCACCACUGAUGGAACGUGGAAAACGACCGAGAAUCUACUGGCUACCUCAACGAUCCUCACCCUCUACAAGACUUUUGAUGAGCCAGGGGAAAAUUGGCAGUCAUACCUCGCUGGCGUUAAACAGCUGUUCAGUCAAUUGCUGGGGCUUACUAGAAAAGACGGUGACCGUCACUUUUCUCCCGGCGUGACGGCGGUAUUCUGGAAUUUCGCAAGGAUGGACUAUCUGGCCUCGUACUAUAACCGACUACCAACCCAUCUGAAUCCCGACGACAUCGCAGUAUGGCAAGCAGCGGGCCUGUCCUUGGAUGAGCAAGGGAACCUCGAUCCCCCAGACGUCCCAAGAACGCAGGCCUUUUCGCGUGAAGACAUGGCAACCAACGUCCUAACACGUCUCCUCAACAAGCUAACAAACUACCUCGCGGCGGCCAAAAAGUCGCAGCUCGAAAAUUGGGUCGGCGGGUCAUCUCCCGAACCCUCCAGCCGAUCCAGCUCCCACUCUCCCGACUCCCACCCCACAACUGCGACCUGGCUGAAGCUCUCAUUCGAGUUCCAGUCUUGGGUCGAGCGAAUCCCAGAGACGUUUCGUCCUUGUCUACGCAUCGAGCGGCCAAAGCCCUCUCCAACCGACACGAGCUUUAUGCCCUUCCCCGAAAUCUUCUACAGCCUCACAUCUUGCGCCGCUGCAAUGCAGCAGUACCACUUCGGCCGCCUUGCGCUGUCACUGAACCGACCGUCCGAUGACAUUGCCGGUCCCAGUACCGCAUUCGACCGCCUGCAGAGCUACAGGGAGUUGACGAAGGAGGUUGACUAUCGCUGCAAGGAAAUUUGCGGGAUUGCGCUUGGUAGGCCGCAGAGCGGUGCUCGUGUGCAAAUGAUCACUCUGCUUUAUGCGGUCGGGCAGUGCUUGGAGAGGCCUGAAGAGCGGCAGAUUGUCAUGGACCUCUUGCGCGGCAUUGAGGCGGACCUGGGUUGGUCGACCGCUUCGCAGGUGCAGAAGCUGCAGAAGUAA